ACUCACUUUUCCUUCCCUGCCGCAGCUAAACGCAAGCAGAGUCGCAGAAUAACACAGCCGCACCGGACAACAAAAACCAACGGACGUUCGUCUCUCUUUCUGCUCAACGUUCUCUCGCAUGGCCUGAGUCGUGCGUUGAUGUUUUGGCCGCUGUUUCCUGAGCGCCGGACACGAUGAUCGCCGCCGUCGGAUCAAGAAUCGCCAUAUUGCUGUUCGGCACCCUCUACCCGGCCUACGCCAGCUACAAGGCGGUCCGCAACAAGGAUGUCAAAGCCUAUGUGACAUGGAUGAUGUACUGGAUCGUCUUUGCUCUCUUCACUUGUAUCGAGACGCUCAGCGAUGUCUUCCUUAGCUUUUGGGUGCCAUUCUACUAUGAGAUGAAGGUGGUCUUGGUGCUAUGGCUGCUCUCGCCCGCCACAAAGGGCUCCAGCUUCCUGUACCGGAAAUUUGUCCACCCAACCCUGACUGAAAGAGAGAAGGAGAUUGAUGAGUAUUUGGCCAAGAUGAAGGAGAAAAGCUACAGCACGAUGGUUGAGCUUGGCUCCAAAGGCAUAAAUUACGCCCUGCAGACUGCUAUAAAGGGAGGUGGUGGCCUGGUGAACCAGCUUAAAAAAUCAUACAGCCUUGGAGACCUCAAUGAAGAGCAGGUGGACGCUCCUAGAAGGAGAGCAAUCAAAAAUGAAGUUGAGUUGACUGAUGAUGAGGAUGACGAAGUCCAGGAUGAACAAAGAGUUGCGCACAGGGGCUAUGCUCCCAGGAGAACUCAAUCUGGCUCGAGCCGAGUGGAUAUGUACUUCUCUGCUGUCGACGUCAAUGUACGUCAACGAGGAUCUCACACUGGCGACGCGACUAACAAUAACCUAGCUGUUAGCAAAGCUGCAUCCACCCUAAGCAGUGCUGAUGUUGAUGUCGAAGAGAUGGAAGUUGAUGGACUGAUGAGAGCAGCCUCUGUGAACUCGCGGCCAAGAACGCGCAGGAGCGUUUCCAACUCGGGACCAAAGGCUCCUAGUGGACGACCCAAGAGCACUGUCCUGACAUCGUCGGUCACUGAUGUGUUGGAAGCUGGUUUUGACAAUUCAACAAUAAAUUCCUCCCUCCUUGAUCCCUUCUCAAAUGUUUACAUUCAGUCAGAUGAACCUAAUUUUCGCAAAAGCACUGUAAUUAUAGAAGAAAUUGAGGAUGACGAGUCUGAUUUUUCUCUAAAUGACAACAUUGAUCCGGACCUAGCCAAGAAGAACAAGGGACAAUCAUGUGAAAGUGAAGAUUUAAAAGCUUUUUUACCAGAAGUUAUACUCAAGGACUUGGAAGAAGAUGCUGAAAACUUUUUUGAAGCUGAAAACAUUGAAAAUAUGGAGGAAGAAGAAGAACCUAAGAAGCCUUUAGAAAACGAUAUCCAAGCAGAAGUACUACCAUCUGAAAUCACUGGGAAGCCAGAAGGGGAAAUUGAAAUUCAGAAGAAAGAAAUCAUUACCAGCAAAGAGCCUGAGGCUGAAAUCACUGACAGUCCUAGUGAAGAAUUUCAAGAAAGUUUAACUAAUGAAAUAAUAAAUAAAGAGUUGGUUGUGGUAUCAGAAGAUGAGCACAAGGAAGAGAAAAUAGAAUGCAUAACUGUUGUUCGGGAUGAAACAGAAAAGUCAGCAGACGCAGCUCCAGCUGAAAGCCAGGACCAAGUGGUUGAAAUCAUUAGUGCCGAGAAAAAAGAAGAUUCACCUGACGUCGUUAUGAAAGUGGAAGUGUGUGUUUCCGAGGACAACAACCUUGGCCAAACCUCCAUAAUUAAAAUGUCCCUAGAAUCUCUCCCAACUUCAUCACAGGCUGCAGAAGAAAUUCAAAAGGAAUUUGAUGAAGCAGAACAGGCUUCAAGUUCCCUGGGGACUAGCAGAAAUUCUUUGGUCGUUGAGCAAGAAAGUCGUUGCAGUACUCCAAGCUCUCCAAAGGCAGAGGGCAGAGCUGGAAGGUACAACAAAAGACCGGCACCACCUAGACCAACAGAAAAAUCGCCUGAUGAAGAAGGGCCUUUAAAAGCCCGUCUAGUGCUCAAGCCAGGUGUUGUCAGACAAUUGCCAGAAGAUUCGGUGCCAUCUGUUUUCUUACACGAAGCCAAAGAGAAGAAAAAAUUCAGCAAAGAAGGAAAAUCAUCGUUGCUGAGCUUCUGGCAUGCCAAACCAGAGAAAUCUGAGCUGAAAGAGGCAUCAACGAGCAGCAAGAAAAUGACUGACUUGUAAAAUAUCCCUUAUCCUUCACCCAUUUUUUGAUCCGAAAAACAAAAUGAGUCCUGAGGCGCUGACAUGCAACUAGUGAACCACGUGAACCCUACUCACUCCACAUUGCCCCGCAGCAGAAGUAAGGGCGGCAAAAAGAAGGCUGUGUAAAGUAUGUCAGCGCCGGAUAUUUUACCUCACGCCUCUUCGUUCAUUCCUCUCAGCAAAUUUUUGCAUCUUCUGAUGAUAGUUAUCCCUUGAGAUAGCAUUUUUUUCCUUCAGAAUGAUUUCCUGUGCAUCAAGAGUGAAUCUCAUAAUUUCCCAAUAGCCAUUGAUCAAUUAAUUUGUGAUGACCAAUCAGUAAAGAAAUCUGUUGUGUUUUAAGUUUUAGGGUUAAUCAAUAGAAUUGUGUUUUGCACUUCAGGAAUGUUUCCUUUCAAAUUUUAAGUAGUGACAUUACCAAUUUAAUUUUAUCUGUCAGAGUGUGGUUUUUUGAAUUUUAAAAUUUCUGUUUCCUCAAUUAAGUAAUAUUUCCACGGACAAAACUCUUUUUAUAAAGAGACAUCUUCUUGUGCUCAAAUUUUAUGCUAAGUUACCAUACAACGGACAAGUUUGCAUUUGGGCAGGUUGUAUGCUACCAUAAAGAAAAUCCUAUCAAACCCGUAUAAUACUGAAUUGAAUUGUAAUUUGAAACCAGCAUAAUUAAGUGUGAUAUUUUUAAGCGUAAUUUUAAGAAAUCGAGCAACAUCAAGCGAAGCUGGUAGAGCUGAUGAUAAAUAUUUUGCUUGACUCCCAAUGACUGCGCUUAACUAAUUGUCUCUCGAUCAGUCUCAGCAAACAUGUAAUAUACACAAGACUCAUCUCAUCGUGCUUUAAUAAAAAUUAAUAAUUAUAAGCCAUCAGAUUGAGUGAAAUUGGAAAAAUGGUGCUUGUGAGUGGCAUGUGCCUUUGUAUCGGAAAUCGUACUUUUGUUGUAAAAUUGUGUAACUCGUACACUAUUAUUAUAAAGUUGCCAUGGAGCAGGAGCUUGACUGCAGAUCUAGAAGUCUGAUAUUAGUAUAGAGAGCUGCGACGCCGAGCUGCUCUCUCCGCCCUCUUGUUUCAAGUGCAGGUUGCAAAUUGAUUGGUCCUGUUUAUGCAUAAUAAAAGGUUGAAUAUUGCAAUUGUUAUUGGAUUAAAUUGAAUGUGAAAAUGGUGAAUGUAAAUUUAACGGAACAAAUGUUAUUAUUAUCCGACCAUAGCCAUCAUACAUAUACAUAUUUUUAGCCGCUGCCCUGCUAUUGUUUGAUGAGAUCACCAAUUACAUAUUGCAUAAAUAAAAAAAAAA